UCCGGCAUCCAGCUGCUGUAAACUAAUGCCGGCAGCGCGCGCAGGGGAAAGGUGAGCGGAACACACUGUUAUAAACUGUACAAUAAACUUAAAUAAAUAUAAAAUAUUAAAUACACCUAAAGAAGAGCUGAAAGUGUGACGUCAGUGUAUGAGUUUAUCAGCUGAGGCGUGUUCACCGUCUGCACUUUACACUGGAGCUCAAGGCUAAAGCAGGGUGAGGGUUAUUACUGGGAGUGUGAAGUUUAGCACUAACUGUAAAUGAUGGAGUGAUGAAUGCUUUCUGCUCUGAUCAACAUCAGGAUGAAGUCCAACAAACACAAAGCACCACACACCACUGACACGGAGUUUGGAGGGGCGAUAGGUGCUGCAUGUCUAAUAGUGCUCCUCCCCCUCACUGUGCUCUUCCUGCUGAGUGUGUGUGUGUCUGCGGAGGGCGCUGUGCUCCGCUGGCCCCCCCCACUGCCCCCCCACUCUGACCUCUACGACCCCCGAGCCGUGUUCAUCAUCGCUGUGUGGAUCAGCGCACACAUUCUGCUCUACAUGCUCCCAGUGGGCAAGGUGUCAGAGGGUUUAGUUCUUAGGGACGGAAGCAGACUGAAAUAUCCAAUAAACGGGUUCCACGCGCUGUGUGUGAUGACUGUGUUGGUGUGUGUGUGUGUGUGUGUGGGCGUACCCCUGGCUCUCCUCUAUGAGCUGAUGGUGCCGUUGGCGGUGUGUGCAGUGGGCGUGGCCUUCCUGCUCUCCCUCUACCUGUAUGCUCGCUCCUUCUGGGCUCCUGCACACGCACUGGCCCUCGGAGGAAACACAGGUCAUGCUGUGUAUGAUUUCUUUAUGGGACGGGAGUUAAACCCGCGUAUCGGCUCAUUUGAUCUGAAAUACUUCUGUGAGCUGCGGCCAGGGUUAAUUGGCUGGGUGGUGCUGAAUACAGUGAUGUUGCUGAAGGAGGUGGAGCUCAGAGGAUCUCCAUCAGUGUCAAUGCUGCUGGUGAACGCCUUCCAAUUGCUCUACGUCAGCGACGCUCUGUGGAACGAAGAGGCGGUGUUGAGCACCAUGGACAUUGUGCAUGAUGGAUUCGGCUUCAUGUUGGCUUUUGGUGAUUUGGUUUGGGUUCCGUUCACAUACGGCCUCCAGGCAGCGUUCCUUGUGUCACACCCUCAUACACUCACUCCCUUCAGUGCCCUUGCCAUCGUCCUGCUGAACGGAAUCGGAUAUUACGUCUUCCGCAAGUCCAACUCUCAGAAGAACCAGUUCAGGAGAGACCCAACACAUGCCAGCGUCCGGCAUUUAGAGACGAUUGCCACGGCAACAGGAAAGCGGUUGUUAGUGUCUGGAUGGUGGGGAUUCGUCAGACACCCCAAUUACCUCGGAGACCUUCUGAUGGCGCUAGCGUGGUCUCUACCCUGCGGCUUCUCCCACAUUCUGCCGUACUUCUAUGUGCUGUACUUCAGCGUGUUGUUGGUGCACAGGGAGGCGCGAGACGAGCGUCAGUGCAGAGCGAAGUACGGAGCGGCCUGGGAGGCGUACUGCAGCCGAGUGCCCUACAGGAUCAUCCCCUACAUCUACUGAGCUCAUUAUACACACUUUAUUACACUCUUUAUUACACUCUCUCACUCUUGUCCCCUCACACACACACACACACACACCUCUUCUGUGUGUACACACAUGCCCAUAACAUCUGUCUGUGUGUGUGUGUGGAGAUGAGACACACGGGGAACACGGUGAUCUUCCUGUAAUAAACCCUGUACAUGGACACGAGGUUAAAUGGAACAUGUUCACAGACAUUUUCCUGAUAAAACCUCAGUAAUAAAAUCAACCUGCUGUUCUGCAGUAAACUUGCACACAUUGACGUGUUUCUGUGUACACGACCCUGAGUUUAACACACCGCGUUAGUGACGCACGUUAUCCUGCGUGAGAGAUUUUUUUUUCCCCCAAAACAAAUCCAAUAUGACACAGCAGAUUAACAACAGACCAACAUGACUGAUGUAAAGAUCAGAGAUUUUAAUUUAUAAAAUGUAAUUUCAGACAAAUUAGGAUAUUUUAAACACAUGCAGGCGCUCAGCUGUACGUCAGGAGGACACUCUGCUCUAGUGUGCACUACAGUAGUGUACUAGGUAGUGCACAUGAUUCUCCAGUGAAGGGAAAUAUUUGAAACACAGCUCAAGAAACAAGAACAAUAAACAAGUGCAGAAGGACAUGAAUAUGAAUGUUUGUGUUUAUUACUGUUGCAAAAAGAAAACAGCUCUGUGUGUGUGUGUGUGUGUGUGUGUGAGUGUAGGGAAAUAAACGUCAUUUUAUAUAAUUGUUAUAAGAAAAUAUACUGUAUGUUUUUUUAUAAUUUCAGAAACUGAAAAGAAAAUUGCUGUGACUUUUAAAAUAAAUUAAAUCUCUUCGAUCAUGA